AUGUUCCAACUCACAAACUCAUACAUGCCGAGGGGGCUCGAGCCCAGCCCCGACCGGCCACGAAACGUUUUCUUCCGCCGUAACUCAGUAAUUGUCCGGAACGAUGAUAAUCUUUCCUAUAUGAGCCAAGUGGCGUAUAUCCGCAAAUACUACCUGGCAGGUGGCAUCGAGGCGACUACAAUUGAGGUGGAUACAGCUGUCGACAACUCGGCUACUAUUCCGCGAUCUAAACAGGUAUAA